AUGGAUGUCAACACCACUACCGUGGGCAUCGAUCGCCCAUCGAUGCUUGCAGCAGUCCAACACAGCUUACUUGCCCGGGUUAUCGUGACUGUUGUCGUCGUUUGUGUUUGCACUAGAAUUUUAAGCUCGCAUUGGUUCCAUUCAAUUAGGAACAGCAAGGGCCACAAUGUUAUGCCUCCGACAGUACCGUACUGGAUCCCAGGUCUGAAACAUGCCUUUCAUCUGGCAUUCUACUCGAAGACGUUCAUGGGGAAUUGUUUGAAAAAAUAUGGCGAUGGAACUCCUUUCAUCCUUGAUGGUGCAGGCCAGAAAAUGUGCAUCAUCGUGGACCCGGAUCAUAUCAAAAACGCCAUUCGCUCAGCAAAAGAGAUGGAUCCCAAUCCGUUCAUCCACGAGAGAAUCAUGGGUGCCUUGAUGGGAAGCCCCCAAUCAGCUAUCAAUUACUAUCAGUCUGAAGAAUCAAACACCGAUUACAUCCAGACAACACAUAUCCGGCACCACACUACAGGCUCCAACCUAGGCCUACUUGAUACAAGGAUGUUUGAAACACUAAAACGCACAAUCGGGGAGACGUUGGAUUCAACAGGAGAGUGGACUGAGAUACCAGAUCUAUUUUCAUUCCUCAGAUAUCACGUCACAUACGCCGUCGCUAUCACGAUCCUCGGAACUGAACUAGUAUCAACCUAUCCCGACCUCAUAGCUGAUCUCUGGACCCACAUCGAAGCCACAGAUCAAUUCUUCUUAGGCCUCCCUCGCAUCGCAAUCCCCAAAGCCUAUGCUGCUCGCGACCGUCUGCUCGGCAACUUCAGAGUCUGGAGUACCAAAUCCAUGGAACUCCGCAAACAAAACAAGACAGACACAGUCUGGGACCCAGUCGCCGGCUCCGGCCUCGCCCAAGAACGCGAGGAACUAUACAGCGAGCUACCCGGCCACGACGAAUACGCCCGAUCAGCCCAAACGCUCGGCCUCCUCUACGGCGGAACCAGUCUCAGCGUGCCCAUAACCUUCUGGUACGUGUACGAGACACUACGUAGCACCGACCUCAACACGCGCAUCCUUGGCGAAAUAAACAAACACGCAGAUCCUAAGACGCAAUCGUACCGCUUCACGCAGCUUACCACGCGUCCGCUAUUACAAUCGCUUCACGCAGAGACAACUCGCCUCUACAGCUCCAACCUGACCGUCCGCUCAGUAACAACACCCUCGUUUGCCCUGGAUGAGAAAUACAGCAUUCCGCAGGGAACCGCGGUUUUCAUCCCUAAUAAAUGGGCUGGCAUGUUCGCUCCUGGGUGGGAGAAAACGCGUACUGAAGCGCUCGCUCGGCCGCUGCAUACCUUUUGGGCGGAGCGCUUCCUCGUGUCUGACGGGGAGAAGAAGGAGCGCUUUAGCGAUGCGGGGUUGAGUAGUACGUGGAUGAGUUUUGGGGGCGGCGAACACAAGUGUCCUGGACGGCAUUUUGCGCGUAAUAUUGGGAUUGUUACGUUGACGGUGGUGAUGGGCGUGUUUGAGGUUGAGAUUUGCGAUGUUGAGGGCGCGAGGAGGUUGGACCCGGAUCCGAGGGAGAAGGGGUUUGGGACGUUGGUGCCGAGGGGGAAGGUGGCGGCGAGGAUUAGGAGGCGGGUGGAUUAG